AUGAAAACAUCUUACUGUCAUCUAUGUCUCAUUCCAGAUAAUGGAGGAGGAAAGAUGAAGAACUUUGGAAUCUGCCUGGUAUUGUUAGCUAUUGCUGGAGUGGAAUGUUCUAAUGGAGCUAGUAAUUAUAUUCUACUGAUUGCUCCGCCUGAACGUGGCCAUUUAAAUCCAAUCCUCGAAUUAGCUAAACAAUUAACCUUUAACAGAACUGAUAAUGAUACUGAAAUACUUGUUAGUGUACCAUCCUAUGCUGAUGUAAAUGUUUCAUCGUGGGUAACUGAUGAAGGUCUUAAUUAUAUUUAUAGUGGUAUUGCACAUGAUGUUACACUCGAUGAUAUGCAUCAAUUUUCAUUAAUGGAUUCUCGAAAUUUAAAAAACUAUCUCAAUUUUGUAUCUCGUAUGGCUCAGCUUUUUCAUAGUUUCAAUCGUGCCGCUUAUGAAACACUUCUUCCAAUUCUUCGUAAAAAACAUGGCAAACCUCGUGUCAUUAUUUUCGAUUUAAAUAUGUUAUGGGCAAUUGAUUUAGCCGAACAGCUUGGUUCGAUACCAGCUAUUGUUGUUUGUCCAUUUCUCAUUGAUGCACUCAAUUUACCAAGUAUGACGCCACGAUGGCAUACGCCAUCUUAUAUUGUUCCUUAUUCACCCUCGACAUUUCUUGGUCGUAUUCAAUUAUUCUUUUAUCGAUCCAUAGUUUUACCUUAUCAAACUCAUUUUAUAUUUUCUCGUAUUUAUCAACGAAAAUUUGAUUAUGAAUAUUUCAUUAAAAAAUAUCAUCUUAGCGUAUUUGUUAGUACAGCACCGCCAUUUGAAGUUCCACGUUCAGUUAUUAAUCCUGCUAUUCAUUUCUUAGGCCCAUUUUUAUAUCAAAAUCGUUUACAACCAAUGACUUCUAAUUUACUUUCAUGGCUUAAUGAUAUCGUUGAACAUAAUGAUACACUUAUCUAUAUAAGUUUAGGUUCUAUUGGUCUUCUUACACGAGAACAAUCCGACAAACUUGUGACAGCUUUUAUACAAUUAAUAGAAACAAAGCAUUCUUCUCAAAUACGUGUUUUAUGGGCUCGUGGUAAUACUUUAAGCAGUAAUGAUAGUCGGUUUCGUCUUGAAGGUUUCGUACCGCAAAAAACAAUUUUAUCGCAUUCAGCUAUGCAACAGCAACGGUCACUUUAUAUAAAUCAUUGUGGUAUGAGUUCAAUGCAUGAAUCUAUUGUAUUCGGUAUUCCACACAUCGCCUUUCCACUCUUUCUUGAUCAACAUCAAGUUGCUCAACGUAGUGUACAAUUACGUAUGGGUUUAUAUAUUGACAAAAAUAAUUUUACAUCCAAUGAAUUAAUUGAAAAAAUCCUUUUAAUUCUAAAUAAUCCACAAAUAUAUCGUCGAAAUACACAAAAAAUAGCCGAUUCAUUUCGUAUAAAUGGUAACGGUUUAGAACGUGCUCAAAAUAUAAUUGAAUAUAUUAGUAAAUAUGGACGUGAUAUGCAAAAACUAAUAGUAUCUUAUGAUAGUCAGAUGCAUUGGAUUGAAAAAUAUUCAUUAGACAUUCUUAUUUGUUUUCUUUUGAUUGCUUUACUUGUGUUUAUUAUCAUACGUAUAAUAUUGAAAAUGUUGAAUCGGAAGCAAAAAAAAGAAUAA